AUGGAUCUACUUUUCAGGACUGGUUUGGUUUGCUUCGAGGUGCAAGCAAAGGCCGUCCGUAAAGGAGAGUUCGUUCUAAUGCAGUCUGUCAAAGACGCAAGUAGAGUUAAGGACAGUGGUUUGUGCAAGCAGCUAAAGAACGCGCUGCCGCAGCUCAAAGUCAAACGGGUGACCAGAGAUGAGUCUGGGCUGGUGGUGAAAAGAAGGGCAACUGAGGCCUUUGCGUACAGGACAGGAAAAGUAAAGACGAGUGAGCAGGAAGCGAAAAGCAGAAGCGGAAAAGGGAAGGGCGGGUAG